AUGUUGGACCUCAAAAACUCAACAUACUCGGACGUUCGUCCGCGACAACGCACGCUGCUCCACCGGCUCGAGCUCUGGAUGAUCAACGACGGAAAAAUGUACCUAUACCUGGGGUUCUGGAUUCUCAUCCAAUCCCUGCUCUACUCCCUGGCGGCGGUCAACUACCGGUACUACCCGCUGUGGCAAAAUAUGCAUGAGCUCCUCGGCGGCUCCUUUAUAGCAGCGCGGUCCGCCGCACUGGUCCUGCACGUGAACACCGCCCUCGUGCUGCUGCCUAUUUGCCGCACGGUUAUUUCGUGGAUUCGCACGACGCCGUUGAAUCGCGUUAUUCCGUUUGACCACGCGCUGCUGUUCCAUAAGCUUGUCGGCUACUCUAUUCUUCUAUUCACCUUGGUGCAUGCCGGCGCGCAUUACAGGAACUACUAUGUCGUGUCGCAGGUCACUGGCGUGCCAUACUGGCGGAUCCUAUUUACCACCGGCCAUAGCAUCACCGGCCACUUGAUGAUGUUUUGCAUGAUCAUUAUGGGCGUCACCGGGUAUGUGAAGAUUCGGCAGAAGCAUUUCAAUUUAUUCUGGAACCUGCAUCACUUGUACGUGCUUUACUUUGCCUGCUUCUCGAUCCACGGCGGCUUUUGCUUGCUAAAGUCCAAUUUGCCGCCGUUUUGCAGCACAGGUGCUGCGUUUUGGAAGUACUGGGUGGCCAGUGGCAAGGUUAUUUUGCAUCCGGGCAAGGUCAUCGAGGCCGGCCAGUAUGCGUUUUUGUGCUGUCCGGCAGUGUCCACGCAGCAGUGGCACCCUUUCACGCUGACGAGUGCGCCUGAGGAGGACUACGUUUCGGUGCAUGUUCGGGUUGUCGGUGACUGGACGAAGUCAUUUUCGGAGGCCUUGGGUGCCAAGGAUGAGCACUGGAAGGCCCUGGAGACGGCCAACAUAUUGCCGCAGGUGCUUGUGGAUGGACCUUUUGGCUCGGCGUCGGAGGAUGUGUUUAACCAUGAGAUCGCCAUGUUGUUCUGCGCGGGUAUUGGGUGCACGCCCUUUGCCAGCGUGCUCAAGUCCAUCUGGUAUCGACUGAGCUACCCCGAGGGGUCAUUCCGGCUGCGCAAGGUAUAUUUUUUCUGGACGCAGCGAGACACCAAGUCGUUCGAGUGGUUUCAGGAUCUCCUCAAAGCCAUCGAGGAGGAAGACGAGGCGCGGUUGGAAAUGGACCAUGAUAUUGGAUCCUACUCCCUUGGUCGGCCAUCAGUCGGUCAGGACGAUAGUAUGAUUGAGAUCCAUACGUAUUUGACGGGAAAGCUGAAUUUUACGCAGAUGACGCAUAUUCACUUGAAUGUCGGCGACGUUGAUCCCAUUACGGGGUUGCGCAGUCCCACGAAGUUUGGGAGACCCAAUUUGGAUCUGAUUUUCAGGGCUGUCGCGCAUGAACAUCCAGCGACAGAUGUUGGUGUAUUCUUUUGUGGGCCUCAUAAGAUGGGCUCCACUAUUGGGUCGGCUGCGAAGAAGUGGUCAAGCAAGGGACAGGACGGAACAAAGUUUUAUUACAAUAAGGAGAACUUUUAA